AUGCUGCGCGUCUGCUGGGCUAUUGGCGGAGAAGAGCUGGCUACAUUCUCUGUUCGCGAUGUGAGACACGUCCAUCAGCCCGUCAAAUAUUUAAAGACACUCCUGCGCGAGCGGUGCAGCAUUCCGGUUUCUAUACAGAAGCUCCUCCAUGACGGCCAUCCAUUGAACGACAGUCAACUCCAAUGGCGCGAUGAGCCCAUGGAGUUGAUGCUGGUGCUGGCAUCUUGCCACGGUCAGCAAGAUCAGGAUCGGAAACUACUGGAAAAACUGAACGGGGAGCUGUCAGAAUAUGCCGUCAGGCAUGGAAAUGCUGAAGUUGUACGUCGGCUGCUCGAUGCAGGUGCUGACAAGGACUGUCCAGCUUUUUCUUCGCUGCACUUCGCUGCCAGCGAAACUGUGCUGGUUCUCGCGGCUGGACUGGGCCACCUUGGAGUUGUGGAACUGCUGCUAGAAAGGGGCGCCCUCAUCGAUGGUCGGCGAAGAGACGGCAGGACGGCUCUAAGCUGCUCUGGUCUUAAUCGGCAUGUGGAGGUUUCACGCUUGCUGCUGCAAGCUGGUGCCCACCCUGACUUGUUUGACUCAUACGGCAUGACCGCGUUGCACGACGCAGCUCUAGAAGGUCAUGUGGAGACAGUGGAUUUGCUGGUCGAAUAUGGUGCCGAACUGGACUUGCAGACCUGGAACAGUCACGGGACACCUCUGAUUGAGGCAUGCCGGAGAGGCCGUGUCCGAUCUGCACGUUCACUGCUUGCAGCUCGCGCGAGUCAUGACUUGAGUGACUUCGGUGGCAAGACGGCCUUGCACCAUGCGGCUCAGGAAGGGCAUAAGAAGACAGUGGAAUUGCUUUUGCAACAUGGUGCUGAUACGAACUGGCAGUCGUGCUGCGGAAGCACCGCGUUGAUUGAGGCAUGCCGGAAGCCGAAUGGCGAGGAAACAUUCGGCAGACGGCGGGAAAGACGUGUGUACUCGAAUGAUACCCCUUAUGAUUGGUCCAUUGAGUGGCUCAGCGAUGGCGAUGACGAUCGUACUGCUGACUUUCACUUGCGCCCUGACAGGGAACCUAUGCAUGAGAGAUUUUGGCGGGGCAACAUUCAGGCUGCGAAAUUGCUUCUUGAAGCUCGUGCCAGACAUGACUUGAGUGACUCCGGUGGCAUGACGGCUUUGCACCACGCAGCUCAGAAGGGGCAUGUCGAGGUUCUGACUCUGCUUUUACAGCAUGGUGCAGCCACCGACUUUCAGUCCAGCAACGGAAGGACCCCUUUGAUUGAGGCAUGCCGGGAGGGCCAUGUGCGAGCCGCACUUUUACUGCUUGAAGCUCGUGCCAGACAGGACUUGAGUGACUCCGGCGGGAUGACGGCCUUGGACCACGCAGCUCAGCAAGGGCAUACGGAGAUAUCGGAACUGCUCUCCACGACAUGUCCUUGCCUGGAUGAGCCUUGA